AUGCCGGAGCUUCGUAGUGGAGCACGCAGGGGCCGGGGAACGCCGUCGAAUCCUGUAGUCCAGGCGGAGGGGCCUUCCGCUGCUGGAACCUCCAGGAGAGGGAGAGUUGCGAGGAGUAGGAGAGCUGCCAACGAGAAUAAAGUGGGGAGGUCGGGCGAGGUUGAGGAGAUCAAGUUUCUUGAGGAGCGCGGUGACUUAUUUGGUGGAGAGAGGAAGGGAGAGGAGGAAGGGGGAGGAGAGAGGAGGAUGGAGGACUGUGACAGUGGGGCCAGAAGCGCAGAAAAACCACCGGCGGCGGAGGAGGAGGGGAGCACGGCACCACUUCCUGACAAGGUUCGUUUUUUGCCGUUGAAAAUUUCUUCUUAUGAUACGUCAACUGCUUUGAUUUGAAAAGCGAACAGCUGGAGAUUCUGAAACGCGAGAAACAUGUCAGUAGAUAUCCUUUUCUGACCCGUUGGUCAGGUGUAUUGAGACUCUUUUCUAGCCGCAGCAUGUUGUUGACGCUAGAUCAGUGUCAAAAUUCCUGACAUUUCAACACGAUUUAACUGAACUUGUUCUGUCAUGUAUCCGAGUGCUUUCGUUCCAACACGAUUUCUUCUGUUUUUGUACAUAUAUAUAUUCUUUUGGAGCAUGAAUUACGCUCAGCACGAGGUUUCUAGUCAACUCCUGACGUCUACGUCCUCGUAUAAAUGUCAUGAUCAUACGUUCCUUUCUCUUUUCAUUUUGCACGCCUUGAUCAUGUAUUGAGUUUGUUUUGCAGCAUUCUGUAGAACGAUUUGUUUAAUCAACAUCAAAAUACAGUUUAUCAGCGGAGUAAAUAAUUUUGAAGUUGGAAACAACUGAUGUUGGUUGUCUUGCUGUUGGUUUAUAUAUAUUUUUUGUAUUUAUUUGACUCAUAAUCUUGGUCUCUGGAGGAUGGCCCUAGUUGCAUUCAUUUACCAGCGUAGAUCAUGUAGUUUCAGACCAAAUUCUAUACAUGAAAUUAUGGCUUGUUGCCAGUAGGGUACCAUUCCAGGUUUGCACCUUUGCUAGUAUCUUUGAGAUGUCAUGCCUAGCACAUAAAAAAUACAACAUUAGUGUUGCAACCACUUGCCUCUUAUAAGGAGGAUAGCUCUACUAAGUUACUUUGAGAGGCCAGGUCCUAGUUUCAACAUGCAUAGAUGGCCAUAACAUGGGAAGCAGUUAUGAGGACGACCGAUGGAGGGAAAUAUGAUCUUUAACUCAAUGGCUUUUCUGCUUGCUUCUAAUUGGGAGGAUUCUAACUUGAUUCUUGGGUUGCUUCAAUGUCAACUGGAAACUCAGUGUGACUUGCCUGGUAGGUUUUUUCCCUUACUGAUGGUCUGCAGAGGUCUGUGCUGAGGUAGGCUCGUUCUGUCUGAUCUUGAAUCACUCUCCACUCCAGCAAUGUCUUCCAGGCUCAGUCACUCAGAGGAAGCUGGAAACAGGCUAUACGUGGGUGCUUUUGCAUGUCUAUCAAUUUUUUCUGUUCCUUGCUCAUAAACAACUGUAAAAUGUGAAUGUGCAGUGUGGGGAAAACUUAAUAUGUGGGGAUCCGUGUCAGAUUUCCGAAGCGUUUACCAAUUAUAGAUCCAAUCCUCGUCACUGCAAAAAUGUCAACGUCCUAUCAUUAUCACAUGCUCAGAUGUUUAUACUCCACUGUGCCAUUUUCAUUUUCAUCUUAUAUGUCGUAUCUGGAAUUUCUCUUAUCUGUCACUUGACCACGAUAUAUAACUUGAUUUUUUUUCCAUUUCAUUAAAUACACGGGAAUGCUUAUUAGGUGUUUAUGUUCGCUUGUACUCCGAUGCUACAUUUAUGCAGCCAAAAGACUAGAUGCAUAAUGUUCAUGAUUAAUGCGAAGUGAUACUCUUCAUUGAGCUCAUUUUCAAGUCAAUAUCUACAGGUCCAGGUUGGCAAUUCGCCAAUUUUUAAAAUUGAGAGGAAGCUAGGAAAAGGAGGGUUUGGGCAGGUUUAUGUAGGUCGCCGCAUUUCUGGGGCUAAUGGAACUGAUAGGAUUGGUGUCCAAGGACCUGUGGAGGUGUAGCAAUGCUUUAUCUCAAGUAUCUUUUCUCAGUCUAGCCACGUGUUGUUUUUCUCAAUAUAAUGAUCCUUCAUCUAAGAAUUGUAGGUGGCCUUAAAAUUUGAGCAUAAAAGCAGUAAAGGAUGCAAUUAUGGGCCCCCAUAUGAGUGGCAGGUUUACAAGUGGGUAUCAUCAUACUAUUUUAGAAUUUAUGGUUUUCAGUUGAUGAUGACUGAGGGAAGGAUUUUUGACCUUGUUGUGUACACAGUACUCUCGGUGGAAUUCAUGGGGUGCCUCGAGUACAUUUCAAAGGCCGCCAAGGGGACUAUUAUAUUAUGGUAACUGAUCACAAUUUUUAUUCGAGUUUUCAGCCUUUAUUAAUAUAAAGGCUAACAUGAUUCUUUAGUUCAUAUGUUAUAGUUUAUUUCUUACUUUUCAGGUCAUGGAUAUGUUGGGACCAAGUUUAUGGGAUGUUUGGAACAACAAUUCUCACACGUGAGUUUUUAGCCAGUGUCCCAAUCCUUUUUUUUCGGACACUUUUUUUUCUAACUUUUCUUCUGUUCCCCUUUUUUUCUGACAGAAUGUCCAUUGAGAUGGUUGCCUGCAUAGCAAUUGAGGCAAUCUCGAUAUUAGAGAAGGUGCACUCUAAAGGGUAAAUACUCUUAUCUGUGCUGGUAUUUUAACCAGUGCACUAUUUAUCUGUCCAAGUUUGUGACGAUUUCUCAUUCUCUUGUGCAUUGAUUUGAUGCGUUUUGAUCUGUAUAUACCAAUGGCUGAUGUUAGGUAUGUGCACGGUGACGUAAAACCCGAGAAUUUCCUACUUGGGCCACCAGGAACUCCCGAAGAGAAGAAUCUGUUCCUAGUUGAUCUUGGACUUGGUAGAUUAUUCUUUCUUUUUCCCCCUUGUGAAAUAAUUUAUCUGUUGGGAUGUAUUGCCAUUAGUAUGUUUGGGCUCAUUUUCAUUUUCAUUUGCUAAAAAUUGAUUUUCAGCCACUAGGUGGAAAGAUAACUCCACUGGACAGCAUGUUGAGUAUGACCAGCGACCAGAUGUCUUCAGGCAUGGACAAGUCUUGCCAUUGAUUUGUGCACUGCCAUUAUUUUGCAGAUUCUGACAUCUUUUCCUGGAAAUCUAAUUCAUCUUGAGUAAAUGGAUACUGUCAAAUCAUUCACUGCAGGGGAACAGUACGAUAUGCUAGUGUGCAUGCCCAUCUGGGAAGAACAGGAAGCAGGAGAGAUGACUUGGAGUCUCUUGCAUACACACUAAUUUUCCUCCUUCGUGGUCGCCUUCCAUGGCAAGGAUAUCAGGUACAAAGGUCUUCCUUCUUAUUUUGUAGUUUUGUUUCAGCAGGUUGUUAUUGCAUUUCAUCUUUGUAUUUUAACGUAAACAUCUUGUUAUCAGGGAGAAAACAAAGGUUUCCUUGUUUGCAAAAAGAAGAUGGCUACUUCUCCAGAGAGUCUAUGCUGCUUUUGCCCCCAGCCCUUUAGACAAUUUGUUGAAUAUGUGGUUAAUCUUAAGUUCGAUGAGGAGCCUAAUUAUGCAAAGUGUAUCUCGCUUUUUGAUGGUAUAGUUGGUCCAAACCCAGAUAUUAGACCAAUUAACACGGAUGGUGCUCAGAAGGUAUCACCCUGUUCUUCUUUUGGCUUUUGAGUCGCCAACUUAAGAGCAAGUAUCUAAUGUUCUUUUCGACUUUGUAAAGCUCAUAUAUCAGGUUGGUCAGAAGAGAGGUCGGCUACUAAUGGAAGAGGAGGACGAAGAGCAGCCAAAGAAAAAGAUCAGAAUGGGAACGCCUGCAACCCAGUGGAUAAGUGUGUAUAAUGCUCGCCGGCCCAUGAAGCAGAGGUAUGUAUCCUUGAAUUUGAAACCCAUGCGAAAAAUGAAUAUUAAUAGCAUAUAUUUUGCAGGUAUCAUUACAAUGUAGCAGAUACAAGGCUUGCGCAGCAUAUCGAUAAAGGAAAUGAGGAUUGCUUAUUUAUCAGUGGCGUUGCUUCCUGCACAAACCUGUGGGCCUUGAUUAUGGAUGCGGGCACCGGUUUUACAUCCCAAGUGUACGAGCUUUCACCUUCUUUCCUUCACAAGGUGAGCAUAGUAUCAUAGUGAGCGAGGAUGCUUCUCACUAGCCCUUUGGUCUUGAUUGCGAUGCUUCUCAGCUUUUUUUUUCCUUGCUCGUAUCUACUCAGAUCUUCUUCUUUGUUCUUUUCAAAGUGACAGCAUCUGGAUAUUUGGUGUGAUUGUCUCUCUUACGGUUUAUAUAUGUGCUUCCAUGGAAGAUGAUGCGUUUGAUCAUCAUUUUAAUAACCUCAGGCAAUAUCUCCUGCUCUUUUUUUUUUACCUGAUAGCAGGAUUUUCGACUAAAGUUGUUGGAUAUCUUCCAGUAAUUUGUCAUGAUUAUUCCAAUGAUAGUCCAAACUUUCUGUUCCUGAUUUCUUGGAUUUUAGUUUUGGCUGGGUAGUGUCCAACUUGUGCAGCUAGAAAAAACAAAAAAUCAUUCUUCUUUCAAGCAACUUUUUCUUCGUUAAAGAAAAAAAGUCACUUCUUCUUUCAAGCAACAUUUUUUUUUUCACCCCCGAGUGACUGGGGAUCUUAUUUUCGGUAUAUUUCCAUUGGAUUACUCUUAAAAUCCUUGAUUCUGUGAAUCGGCGGCUGAACCCAAAAAAAGGAAUGGAUAAUGGAGCAGUGGGAGAAGAACUACUACAUCACUGCUAUUGCGGGCGCAAACAAUGGGAGCUCUUUGGUCGUGAUGUCAAGGGGUGAGUGAGCCUCCUCCUUUCCAUGGUCUCGUCUCUUCUGAAUGGUCGGCGGUUUGCCUUAGAUUUUGAAUGAAUGCUCCCUCGGCCUCAGGCUCACACUACGCCCAGCAAUCCUACAAGGUCAGCGAUUCAUUCCCCUUCAAGUGGAUCAACAAGAAAUGGAGGGAAGGCUUCUACGUCACCUCCAUGGCCACCGCCGGGAGCCGGUGGGCCAUCGUCAUGUCUCGCGGCGCGGGCUUCUCCGACCAGGUCUGAUUCGGGGCAUAAGCCACACGUGGAUGGAAAUGGCCAUAAAAAGUAUAGUUAAUAUGCAUGCAUGUUCUGAGGGCCUCGGUGCAAUUUUCAGGUGGUCGAGCUGGACUUCUUGUACCCCAGUGAGGGCAUUCACCGGAGGUGGGACAACGGCUACAGGAUCACCGCCACGGCCGCCACGUGGGACCAGGCUGCCUUUGUCUUGAGCGUGCCCAAAAGGAAGCCUGUGGAUGAAACUCAAGAGACUCUUCGAACUUCUGCCUUCCCAAGCCAGCACGUGAAGGUCCGUCCCCCUCUGCAUAUAUAUAUAUAUAUAUAUAUAUAUAUAUAGACACACACAUAUGUCUAUAUUUUAUGUAUGUUAGCAUUUUUUGUCCAGCUUAAUGCCAAUGAUUGAAGCUUGCUUCCCUCUUUCUCUGUGUAGGAUAAAUGGGCGAAAAGCCUUUACAUUGCCUCCAUUUGUUAUGGCCGAACAGUCUCAUGA